GCGCAAUACGUUGUUUGCGCAUGUACACGUCUUAUCAGAAUUGUAUGUUAUUCUCACAAACAAUAUUUCAUCGUCAUUAAUUACGUACACUUUUGCAAAGGAAUGCAAUCUGUGCAAAUAUGAUGCGUCACAUACCAAGAUAGUCGGAGAGUUCGUACGUUUGUAAUGUAGCCGUAUCGACUUUUGUAACGUGUUUUUUUGUGACAACAUGUGCAUUGUACCGUCAAAGCGACAAGCAAAGUGAUAGCAAAUUGGAAGCAAUUUUAUUUUCGCAAUUUUCUUUCCCGCGGGACCAAGAUGCCGGAGCGAAUCGAAAUUGGUAUUAUUCCAAAUAAUUUGAGACACGAAGAAACUAUAGUUCAAAUAGCUGAAUCUCUGGAUAAUUUGAGCGAUGCGGUUUCGUACAUAUUUGACUGUAUUGAUAAAAGACUCUUGGAAAAUACGCAAAGAGUAACCAACAUCAAAGAAAGAGCUAGAAGGCUGGAGGACAGAUUGCAUUAUUUGCAAACCAAUUUAAAUCUGAAAGCGGUAAAAAUGUAUUCCGCCGCCAAAUAUCCGGCCAAUCACAUUUACAAAGAGUAUCAAAUGACGAUACCAUCUAAAUGCAAACAUACAGCUACUAUACCAAGUGUUUAUAAGUGUUCUGUGCCUAUAAGAGACAUUCCAGAAGCUUAUUUAUCUUCCAACUGCAAGACGGAAGACGGCCAAUACGCCUCCAAUGUCAAUCUCCAAGAAAAACUUCAAUUUUAUCACGUUCGAUCAAAGGCCGGCAAAAAAGAUCAUUCCGAAGACGAGGAGGUGCCGUUCCCGCCUCAAUUAUCUUCAGUUAGCGCUCUCUUAUUAUUUGACAGUACGGACAGUCCGUAUCAAAAAACAUCCAUGAGAUCAUCGCGUCAAUCUACCGAUAAGCAGCAAAUUGAGGACGCGCCGGACUCGAUUGUACAACCGUGGCUCUCGUCAGAAAUGGACGUGUCUUCCAGCUAUUUGUACACGCCAACUCUCGGAGAGGUUCCUCAGAUAAACGUACCGCUAACGCUUCCGGAUCUACCGGGUAUUGUGGACGAUGAGAAAUUUGUGCUCGAUCUUAACUCUCAGAGUCCGAUAGCGCCAUCAUCCGCGGUCACGACGCCUACCGUACGUUUGGACCUGUCGACACCGACAAUUGACGAGAGGGAUUCUCAGUCGAAGAUUGAGGACAGUGCUUUGCAAUUGCCUACCGUAACCGGAUUUGCUGCAACGAACGCAUCAUCGCAAGAACCCGCGCCACCGCCCCCUCCACCUCCUACGUUUACUAGAAACGCGAACAGUGUUAUGAGCAACGAAAACCCCAAGCAGGUUGUGGCAUCUCCUCCGCCACCACCUCCACCACCACCACCGCCACCGCCACCACCGCCGCCGCCACCACCGGUAGAAACGACCGUAUCGGCGUCGAAUGACAAUUCGGAAAAGAAAGAAAAAAAGACAACGAAUCGUCCACUCGGGAAAGUUGUAACGGACGAUCGUUCCAAUUUGAUGGCGGCGAUUCGAGACGCCGGCGGAAUCGGCAGAGCGAAAUUGCGGCCUACGGUACCGGACGAGAAGAAAAGCGAUCGAUGGUCCUCGGCGUCGGUCGGGGGCGAUCUGAUGGCUGAUUUACACGCCAAACUGGCUCUUAGACGCAAGGGUAUUGCCGGCUCCACAGUUGGUGCCUUAGAGAGAAUGUCAAGUUUAAUACCGCCGCCCCCGAAACCGAACGAGGCGUCCGCGUCGGACAGAAAUUCCGCGACCAGUGAGUACGAUUCUCAGAGAUCUGACACGGAUGACUGGGAAGAGUGAUUGUUGUUGUUACGGCAAUCGAUGGUAUAUAGCGUGCGAUUCUAAUCUAAAAAUGAAAAAUGGCUUAAUUUGAUAUAUCGAUAUAGUUGCGUAUAAGAAGACUCAGGGGUCAAUUUUUAACAUUCAUUUUUACACUUAAUUCAGUGAAAAAAAAAAAAAUCUAAACAGUGAAUAGAAAAUUUACUUUGUACAUCUCAGUACACAGUUUUUUUCCUAGAAAAAAAAAGAGAUUUAUUAUUAUAUUUAUUGUAUAUUUAUGUUUUACA